AGUGACUAGAGUAGGCGGAAGUGGGAAGAAGCUGAACUGUCGCCGGCUCCUGAUGAUGAGAUGGCCUCCGCGGGGCUGCCUGGAGAGAAAUCUCUGCUCACUGUGAAAGUGGUGUCGGCGAAGCCCAAGGCCCAUGGGCGCCAGUCUCGCAUCACCUCCUUCGUGGAGGUGGCGGCAGACGGGCUGGCCAGCGAGACCAAGAAGACGGGGAAGCGGAUCGGGAGCGCUGAGCUGCUCUGGAACGAGAGCCUUCUGCUGAACGUCACGGCUCAAAGCCACCUCGACGUGAAGCUGUGGAGCUGCCACACGCUGCGCAACGAGCUGCUGGGCACGGCCUCGGUCAGCCUCCCCAGCGUGCUGAAGCAGAGCAAGGGCAAAGUGGAGAACAAGCAGCUGACCUUGAACCUGCAGAUGGAGAACAAAGGCAGCCUUGUCUCCGGCGGGGAGCUGACGAUUUUCCUGGACGGGCCCGGUGUUGACGUGGGAAGCGUGCCGAAUGGCAGCAUCGUGGCGGAGGGGUCCCAGGUGGCCGGGAGGGACCCCGGUGGCCCAGCGCCCUCCCCGGAGAACCGGCACCAGGUCCCCAGCACUAACUGCUUUGGCAACAGGUCCAGAGCGCACAGGCACGCGGCCGGAGCGGCCAGACAGAGUGCAGCCGGCGGAGAGCAGAGCCACAGUCCCCGGGCCCAGCAGGCCGGCAAGGGCCAGGGCGGCACCGUGAAUGGCACAGCGAACGGGGAGCCCACAGGCUCUGGCCCUGAUGCCGAAGAGGUCCCGGCUGUGCCCCCCGCGGCCGUGUCCGGCCCGACCCCCAACUCAGGCGUGGGCGCUGAGCCGCCGGAAGAGUCGACCCCCAGCUCGGGGACCCAGCCUUCUCAGCCAGCCACGCAGGCUCCGGAGAUGCUGCCCCCUGGGUGGGAGCAACGGGAGCUGCCGAAUGGGAGGGUCUAUUACGUGGACCACAACACCAAGACCACCACCUGGGAGCGCCCUCUUCCGCCAGGCUGGGAGAAGCGCGUGGACCCCCGUGGCAGGUACUACUACGUGGACCACAACACCCGCACCACCACGUGGCAGCGCCCCACGGCCGAGUACGUGCGCAACUACGAGCAGUGGCAGAGCCAGCGCAGCCAGCUGCAAGGGGCCAUGCAGCACUUCAGCCAGCGCUUCCUCUACCAGUCUUCGGGCGCCCCGGCUGACAACGACCCCCUCGGGCCGCUCCCUCCUGGCUGGGAAAAGAGACAGGACAACGGGCGAGUGUACUACGUGAACCACAACACCCGCACCACGCAAUGGGAGGACCCCCGCACCCAGGGGAUGAUCCAGGAGCCGGCGCUGCCGCCCGGCUGGGAGAUGAAAUACACGAACGAGCGCGUGCGCUACUUCGUGGAUCACAACACCCGCACCACCACCUUCAAAGACCCCCGGCCGGGGUUCGAGUCAGGGAGUAAGCAAGGCGGCUCCCCCGGAGCGUACGACCGAAGCUUUCGCUGGAAGUUCCACCAGUUCCGUUUCCUUUGCCACUCGAACGCGCUGCCCAGCCACGUCAAGAUCAGUGUCUCCCGGCAGACGCUCUUUGAAGAUUCCUUCCAGCAGAUCAUGAACAUGAAGCCGUACGAUUUGCGCCGCCGCCUGUACAUCAUCAUGCGCGGGGAAGAGGGCCUGGACUACGGCGGCAUUGCCCGCGAGUGGUUCUUCCUUCUGUCCCACGAAGUGCUGAACCCCAUGUACUGCCUGUUUGAGUACGCCGGCAAGAACAACUACUGCCUGCAGAUCAACCCGGCCUCUUCCAUCAACCCCGACCACCUCACCUACUUCCGCUUCAUCGGCAGGUUCAUCGCCAUGGCGCUGUACCACGGCAAGUUCAUUGACACGGGCUUCACCCUGCCCUUCUACAAGCGCAUGCUCAACAAGCGCCCCACCCUCAAGGACCUGGAAUCCAUCGACCCCGAGUUCUACAACUCCAUUGUCUGGAUCAAAGAGAACAACUUGGAGGAGUGUGGGCUGGAACUCUACUUCAUCCAGGACAUGGAGAUCCUGGGCAAGGUGACCACCCACGAGUUGAAGGAGGGCGGCGACAGCAUCCGCGUCACCGAGGAGAACAAGGACGAGUACAUCCUGCUGCUGACGGACUGGCGGUUCACGCGGGGCGUGGAGGAGCAGACGCAGGCCUUCCUGGACGGCUUCAACGAGGUGGCUCCGCUGGAGUGGCUGCGAUACUUUGAUGAGAAGGAGCUGGAGCUGAUGCUGUGUGGCAUGCAAGAGAUUGACCUGACCGACUGGCAGAAGAACGCCAUCUACCGGCACUACACCAAGAACAGCAAGCAGAUCCAGUGGUUCUGGCAGGUGGUCAAGGAGAUGGACAACGAGAAGCGGAUCCGCCUGCUGCAGUUUGUGACAGGGACGUGUCGGCUGCCAGUCGGGGGCUUUGCAGAGCUCAUCGGCAGCAACGGGCCCCAGAAGUUCUGCGUCGACAAAGUGGGCAAGGAGACCUGGCUGCCCCGUAGCCACACGUGCUUCAACCGCCUGGACCUGCCUCCUUACAAGAGCUUCGAGCAGUUGAAAGAGAAGCUGCUGUAUGCCAUCGAGGAGACGGAGGGCUUUGGGCAGGAGUGAGGGGCAGGCGGAGACGCUCUGGGGGAGCCCCCCAGCCCUGGAAACGGAGCGAGAUCCCCAGGAAAGGGGGAGGGGCAUCACUCGGGCCUGGAUCUGGCGGUGGGGCGCGGGAGCCUGCAGGAUGGUGGCCCCUUCCCUCCUCCCCAUGGCCUGGCAGGAGCUGGCUCUGCCCGCCAUCCCGUCCGGUUGAGCUGCUCUUCACCAAAGCGCCAGCCUGACUGCCUCGCUCCAGCCGCUUCCCCGGGCCUCCUGGGCUCUUGUCACUGGGGCCUCCGGACCCAUCCAGAAGCCUCCCCUGCUCACCCCCAGCUCCUCCCAUCAGGACAGCCGGAUCGUGAUCUCAACCGCAAAGCACUCAGUACACUUUUGAGACCCCCUCCCUCCGCUGCCCCUCACCCAGCUCUUCAGAAUGGUGGCGCAUCCCCCGGGCUGGCCACUGCCAGAGACGGAUCAGAUCCAGGGCGGAAUCCCCCCUGCCCCUGAUUUCCCUGAGCCCCCUCCUGGCCUUCUCCCAGGCCUUCUCCCGCUUCCUGCGCUGAGCAAGUCAGGUCUCUGCUCCCCGCAGCCCGCCUGGUUCUCGGCUCUGUGCAUCGGAGAGGACUUCGCUGCGCACCGCCAGGCUCCUUCCCAAGCUCAUCCAGUGAGAGACGUGACUUGGGGGGUGUGUGUAGCCCCGCAUAGCCCCCUGCGCCUUUUGGUGCGCUGGUCAGCUGAGGCACGGGGCUUGCUGGCCCUGCUGCGGUGCAGAGCGGCCCCUGGGCUAUGACAGCCAGAAAAUGUUACCCCACACAGCCCCAAACGUUUUGGGUCCAGAGGUGCUGGGGGUGCUGAGCCUUCAGGAAACACGGAGCCCCCCACCCCACCCCGGGUCUCCUAGUUCCAGCCCCUCCGCUGCUUGCAGCCACGGGCCCUGCCUUCUCUUUCUGGAAGUGUCGGUACCUAGAGAGUUGCAGAGCUGUAGGCAGGUCUUACCUUGCAUUUCUACAAAGAAAAUUAGCCGAAGUGCGGAACCCCAGACUUGCGCGUCCCGAAGAGGCAGGAGGAAGGGGGGGAGCAGCCGAAAAGACUCCCACAGCCUCGGCGUGUCUGCUUCAAAGCACCGAUGGCUAGGCCGGGGCUUGGCGUGAGUGGCUGGCAGGCCUGAGGCUGGAGCUGAAUGCGAGAGUGGAAGAGAGGAUGCUCAGGCUUCGAGCGGGCCCUGUGUGUGUGUGUGUGUGUGUGUGUGUCCUGUGGCUACGUGCCUCAACUUCCACGGAGGGUGUGUGCGUGUGUCUGUGUACAUAUCUAUAAAUACAUAAAUCUGUAUAUAAAUGUCUGUGGAUACAACGAAUUGCAAUUGCUUUUGAUGGGGAUCCUGGAUAGUUUUGUACUGCACCAUCCUGCCUCAGUGAUGCCAAUUUCUUGUGCAAUAAACAAUCCGCAGCUGCU